GUUGGUCAUUACUGAGAAAAACACAAGAAUAUGAAAUCUGUUUGAAAACAAUCAUGUGAAAGAGAGAAAUUUUUAUUUGUUUAUCUUUGAACAACAUAGUUUUCAGCAUUGCUAUGGAUUUAAUAUAUUUCUACUGGUCGGUUGCAGAAAUUGUUGAAGAGAUGUUUACUGUGUUUGGGACAAGACUACAUUGAUUUUUAAAAUGUCUCUCGGCGGAAAGUCGGCCUUUGGACAGCGAAUUGAGGACUAUGAAGUCUUCAAUUUACUUGGGAAAGGUGGCUUUGCAAGUGUGUACAGGGCACAUUGUUUGAGGAAUGGAAGAGAAGUAGCUAUUAAAAUGAUAGAUAAAAAGAAGAUGAAGGCUGCUGGAAUGAUAAGUAGAGUUCAACAAGAGGUAAACAUACAUUCAAAACUGAAACAUCCUUCUAUAUUGGAACUACACACCUAUUUUGAAGAUGAGAAAUUUGUCUAUCUGGUGCUUGAGCUUUGUCAUCAUGGAGAGUUGCAGAAAUAUCUUAAGAAUAAUUCCAAGAUAUUGAGCGAGAAAGAAGCUGCCUACAUCAUACGCCAAGUUGUGGAGGGCCUUUUAUACCUCCACUCUUUUGGAAUUCUCCACCGAGACAUGUCACUGGCAAACUUGCUCCUCAAUGCUGACAUGCAUGUUAAAAUUGCUGACUUUGGCCUAGCUACACAGCUGACACGUCCAGAUGAGAAGCACAUGACUAUGUGUGGUACACCAAACUACAUAUCUCCAGAGGUUGCAACACGUAGCUCACAUGGGAUGGAAGCUGAUGUUUGGGGAGUUGGUUGCAUGCUUUAUACUCUCUUAGUUGGUAAACCACCAUUUGAUACAGCUGCUGUGAAAAGUACACUAACAAGAGUGGUGAUGUCGAACUAUGAGAUGCCAUUUAACAUAUCAGCAGAGGCAAGAAAUAUAAUAGAUUCUAUGCUGAAGAAGAAUCCUAAAGAUAGAAUAUCUCUGCAUGAUGUACUGGAUCAUCCAUUCAUGAAACAAACAGAGAAACCAAAAUUUUUGCCACAGAAUAUUUCCCAAGACCAUUCUGACAGUGGAGUGGGAACGAUGUCAGCUGGCAGCACUAGAGAUAGUUCACGUUCUAGUGAGCAAAGAUAUCAGCACAGAAACAACUUACGUUCCAGAUCUGAAGAACGUCACAAAAUUACCCAGCCACAGUUUGAAUCGACAAGACAUGUGGAACACAAACGAAGGAAUAUAAACCAGUCACCCUCAAGCAGCAACAGCCAGGGGCUUAUUCCAUCACAACCACCUCGCUUAGCACGAGGAUCUGCAGGGCUUAUUACUGGUGCACAUAAUCCCCAUGGUUACUUCCUACGCCCUACAUCUUGUGACUACAUCCCUGAAGAAUCUCGUGCCCUUCACUGUGUUGCCCAAGAAGAGUCCUGCAGGAGUGGAGCAGCAGUGAAGAAGGUUUUUAGUGAUUCCCUUCUACCAUCUUUGAACACCAAGUGCUCAUCACCUUCUUGUCAUGAGAAUGUGCAUUGUAAUGUGCUUGGUCGAGAGGACAACAGCAUUUUGAGUAGUUCUGAAAGUGAUCCAGAACUCCGUAGACUGGAAAACUAUAGAAAAGAAUUUAUGAAGAAACUUCGUAUGGGAGGUGGUUUUAAUUGUAAUUCCGAUGUACAUGUUGAUGUGCCAACAGAACAGUCUGAAAUCCAGACUGUUAAUUUCAAGAAAUAUGAUGAAAUUCGAAAUGAUAGAUGUUAUUCUCAUAGAUCUACUUCUGAUUGUGACUGCAGUACUUGUUGUAGAAAGAUGGAGAUUAGAAGUGGGUGUCAGAGAGAGAACGGUGAAAGGAUAGGUGUCUGCCAAACAUCCCACUACAGCCACCAUUUCCAUAGUAAUGACCAGAACAAAUACACUGUCAAAAAGCCCUCUGAUAGUGAUAGAUCAACCACAGGACCUACAGCAACACCACUUAACACCUCUCGCCUGACGCCAAUGCGACACAAAUUAGACAGUGCUGUGUGCCACAUCCUUCAAGAUGGAGAUGUCUGUAUUGAGUUCCUGAAGAAGAAGAAAAGUAAAAGUGAAAAGGUUGUUGAUGUCUGUCGGAUAUCUGGAGAUGGAAUUCGUAUAGUAUUAUACCAGCCAAAUGGUACCAAAGGCUGUACACUGAAAGACAGUCCACCUGAUAUUCCUCACCAAGGUGCUGAUUCAAUAUUUAGUUUUGAAUCAUUACCAAGAAAACACUGGAAGAAAUAUAUCUUAGCAGCAAGGUUUGUAGAGAAGGCAAAAUCUGUAACAACAAAGGUCACAUACUUCACUGAAAUGGGCAAAUGCGAGCUGAUGGAGAAUGCGCCAGAUCCUGACUUCACUGUGUCAUUUUAUAAUGGUGGAAAGAUAAAGAAGAAUAGUAAGGAAGUUAAAGUGAUGAACUCUGAAGGUGUCCUCACUGUUCUUAACAAAGAAGGCCAGGAAAGUGGACUGAGUCCCGGAUCACGUUUGUUGUGGGAUCAUUAUGUCCAGUGCUAUGCACACUGCAGGCUGGUGGAGGAAACACUUGAAAAAAUCUGCAAGAACUCAAAGCAAAGUUGUUUUCCAGUAACUAUUGGACGAAAACCAAAUACUGGAGGGGCACGUGCCUUUCAAACUAAGGAAAAUGUGGCCCAGUUGCCGAUUAAACAGUCAUUUAGCAUGCCAGCAUUGGCAGCUGUUACCAAACUUUUUGAAGCCUCAUAUGCAGAUUUAGGACCACUGCAUGCAGGAACUGUGGAGAUCCCAGGCAUUGGUAUUGCUUCCUUGCUCUCUUCAGGAAAGAUCCAAAUCACAUUCAGGGACCAUACAUUACUCACUAUUGAUGCAAAUAGUAGUGGGCUGAUGUUCACUAAUAGAGAUGGGACAACAAAUCACUAUCACCAUAGUGAUCCCAUCCCUGAUGAGCUACAUCAUCACUUGGAACAUAUACCUUGUGUUGUAAAGUCCUUGCUUACUGCAUGUAAUUCUCAUGAUUCUCAUAUCCUUAAAAAUACAAAAUGAAAUGUUGAACAUAUUGGAGUCAGUGCUGAUGAAAAAGAAGUAUCAGUACUGAUAGAAAUCUCAAACUACUAGAAGUACCAUUUCUACGUGCAGUUGCUCAUUUCUUAUAUAUAUCCUGAAUACUGUGACAUGUUUUUUGUGCGUCUGGACAAAAACAAAGUAAAUUUUAUUUACAAUAAUAUUACUCUGUGAUUUGCAACAAGAUCCCAGUAGCUGUUCUUUAUGACUGAUAAAAUAUUUGAUUCAUGUAAAUAUGUGUUAUAUGGAAGGAAAUGAAUUAUAUCAUAUGGUAAGAAAUUUUACAGAGUUAGUUCUCACAAUAUUUUAUGCAUAUGUCUAUUUUUAUGUAAUGGUUAGAAUAUCCCUCAUCUUCAUUUGUAUUUAAGUUUUGUAUGUGAGAAAUAAUAAUAAUAAUGUUCCUACCAAGUAGAGCACAAUCCACAGUCUACUUUAUCAUUCACUUAUUCUUUGCCACAUCCUACCUUCCUCUGUCUUAGUCCUAAAACUUCAUGGAACUAAAAACAUCACAUUUGCUAUGGAGGAAGAGCAAUGAGAGAGUGAAAAGAUGGCAGUGCCUUGAAAGCUAUGUCAAGCUUACACAUUAGCUUAUGCAAGUUUUUCCUUUUGAAAGUGCUCUUUUCAUUGGCAGUAUAUACUUCCUUCAGUUCAAAUGUGUUUUCCUGUCCAUUGAACUACGCUGAAAAUAAUCUGACUUAUUUUUAUGUAAAAGUGUCACUUCAGCAAUUUCACAUGCUGAUAGUUUUAUUUUAGUACAUACAUAUAUAUAUAUAUAUAGAUGAAGAUUAUAGUCUCAUGGGCUGUGUUUUACGUGCAAUCGGAUGUAAAAGAGUAUUUUAUUGUGUGAGAUAGUAUUUAAACAUAUAUUACUUCCUGGAAGUAGUAAUUGUGCCAGACAAAAUAAC